AUGUCUGGCCUGUUCGGCACCGGCUCUUCAGCCAAGAAGCCCUCGCCCUACGCGUCGUCCCGGCACCACGCGUCGUCGUCGUCGGCGCGAGCACCACCCUCCUCCGGCCCGUCUCAACUCUCGCCCGACCAGCAGCAGGAGGUGCGCGAGGCGUUCGAGCUGUUCGACCUCGACAAGGACCAGAAGCUCGACUACCACGAGUUCAAGGUCGGCCUGCGCGCGCUCGGGUUCGACCUCAAGAAGGCCGAGGUCCUCAAGCUCAUGCGCGACCGCAACCACGACGACGGCCAGGGCGGCGGCUUGACGAUCGGGCUCGACGGCUUCAUGAGCAUCGCCGAGCAGCUUAUACUCGCUCGAGACCCGCUCGACGAGAUCCGCCGGGCGUUCAAGCUGUUCGACGAGGAGGGGACGGGCAAGAUCUCGUUCCGCAACCUCAAGAAGGUCGCGCGAGAACUCGGCGAGAAUCUCGCAGACGAAGAGCUGCAAGCCAUGAUCGAAGAGUUCGACCUCGACAUGGACGGCGAGAUCUCGGAGCAGGAGUUCAUCAAGAUCAUGUCGGACGACGUCUGA